AAUCACCGAUUCAUCUUCUCAUCCUCAUCUCAAUUCUUUCUAGUAAAAGAUCCAACCAAUUCUUCAACUAUCACCAUGCAGUUCUCUACUUUCGCUCUCCUCGCCUUCGCUAGCGUCGGUCUAGCAAGGGAAUCCAUUCACAUGGUCGACUGCUCGUCUUACAAGGCCAUCAACUACUACUCCAACGACAGCAACGAUGGAUCUUUCCCCGGCAACAGCAACACCUGCGUUGCUAACGGUGGAUUUCACGAGGGUGGCUCUUCAAGCUGCAAAUUCGGCUCUGGUGUCACCUUCUCAUGGAACCUUAAGAGCGGUGCUGCUUCAGCUGGUGGUUCCACCAAUGUUGGAACUGGCAACAACGGUUUCCACAGCUUCAACUGCUUCAAGGAUGACAACCAUGUCCUAUACACUGAUGGAAACGGCCAUGCUUGCAAGAGCACCUACGUCUGCUUCGACAGGGUCACUUGA